UGUUUUCAAAUGUAGAAUUGAAAAUGAAAGAAAGAGCUUCCUGUUUUGGCCCAUGAUUCGAAAAAUUCUUAUUUAUACCGGCGACAGAUCAUUUUUACUAUUAAAUUAUAUAUAAUUAUAGACCAGAUCUAGAUCUAGAUAAACUAGACCUCUAGAUCGUGCUAUCUUGGUCCAUUAUGCAUUUAAAAGAAUCUCGACAGGCAUGCCUUUAUAUGCUACACAAUGUUGUAUAUGAUACAAAAUUUUCUCCUUGUGGAAAGUACCUGGCAGCUGCAAAUAAAUUUGGAGAUAUUGCUCUUUUCAGUCUGACUGCUGCUCUAUCUCCUGAUGCAUCUGAUGAAUCAAAGUGUCCUAUAUUUUCCUUUCAUGUGUAUGACCAAGGAGGUAUUUACAGUCUCUGCAGCACAGACAUUUUUUUGAUUUGUGCUGGUGAAGGGGAUAUUCAAGCUUACAAAUGGUCAGACAUUAUAGCCAAAAAUCCCAAAGUUGCCUGGAGUCUCUCAAUUCCCAAAAAGGGCGUUUUUUCACAUGCUGAGAUCAAUUCUUGUGUAAUCCAUCAAGACAGUAGCAGCAUGGUUCUCUAUGCAGGAGCUGGAGACCAUCUUGUACAUUCUUGGGACAUUGAAAAUGGAUCCUACUUGAACUCAUUCAGUGGCCACACAGACUACAUACACUCUAUUGUCACAAAGGAUGAUGGGAAGAAUUUGAUUUCUGCUUCAGAAGAUGGCACUGCAGUCAUAUGGGAUGUUCGACUAAAGGAAGCAGCACAGGUUGUGAAACCCUUUGAAAAUGAAAAGUGUGCCAGGCCUCACAUUGGGAAGUGGUUGAAGUGUUUAACAGUGGAUGAAGAUAAUUAUUGGCUGCUUCUGGGAGGUGGUCCAACUUUAGCCACCUGGCACUUGAAGACACUGACACCCACUGCCACCUAUGAAACUCCUGGAGUGGCUCAACAUGUGGCUUUAUUUCAUGAAGACAAGAUUUUGUCAGCAGGAAGUAGUAACCACUUGAACCAUUGGUCAAUCGCAGGGGAACACAAGAUGGCUGUUCCUGUGAACCCUUCAUCCAUCUUUAGCAUAGACAUUAAUCACAACAGUAAAUCUAAUAAGGUUCUGACAGUAGCAGGAAGCAGUGAUAAAAUAGAUGUGUGCUCAAAUUUUGGAUACACCGCUUUCUCCCUGACAUUUGUACCUCCUCUUUCAUGAGACUAAGUUGCUGCUUGUGGAAUUCAUUUGUAAAUAAAUAUUUCUGUACUUUU